ACAUCGUUUCACCCAAAUCCAACCGUUGCAACAAAAACCCACCAACUCUCUAUAAAAAACACCCCCAAUCUUCACCCUUCACAAACCCUUUCAAAUCUCCUUCAUUUCCCUCUUUCUCUCUCUUUUUUCUCUCUGUGACAUUUCAUCAAACACCUUCAAGAUGCGUGAGAUCCUUCACAUCCAGGGUGGCCAGUGCGGCAACCAGAUCGGAGCCAAGUUCUGGGAAGUCGUUUGCGCCGAGCACGGCAUCGACCACACCGGCAAGUACGGCGGCGACUCCGAGCUUCAGCUUGAGAGGAUCAAUGUCUACUACAACGAAGCCAGUUGCGGUAGGUUCGUUCCUCGCGCUGUUCUCAUGGAUCUGGAACCGGGGACCAUGGACAGUGUUAGGUCUGGGCCGUAUGGUCAGAUCUUCAGGCCGGACAACUUUGUGUUUGGUCAAUCUGGUGCUGGGAACAACUGGGCUAAAGGGCAUUAUACCGAGGGCGCUGAACUGAUCGAUUCUGUGCUUGAUGUUGUUCGUAAGGAGGCGGAGAACUGCGAUUGUCUUCAGGGUUUUCAGGUGUGCCACUCCUUGGGUGGAGGGACUGGGUCUGGAAUGGGUACCCUGUUGAUUUCAAAGAUCAGGGAAGAAUACCCAGAUAGGAUGAUGCUUACCUUCUCCGUUUUUCCUUCUCCAAAGGUUUCUGACACAGUGGUUGAACCCUACAAUGCUACUCUGUCUGUUCACCAGCUUGUUGAAAAUGCAGAUGAGUGCAUGGUGCUUGACAAUGAAGCCUUGUAUGACAUUUGCUUCCGUACCCUGAAGCUCACCACCCCAAGCUUUGGUGAUCUUAACCAUUUGAUAUCAGCAACUAUGUCUGGUGUCACUUGCUGUUUGAGAUUCCCUGGUCAGCUUAACUCUGAUCUGAGGAAGCUUGCUGUGAACCUCAUUCCCUUCCCUCGUCUUCACUUUUUCAUGGUUGGGUUUGCUCCAUUGACAUCCAGGGGAUCUCAGCAGUACAGGGCUCUGAGUGUGCCAGAGCUUACACAACAGAUGUGGGAUUCCAAGAACAUGAUGUGUGCUGCUGACCCCAGGCAUGGACGUUACCUCACUGCUUCUGCCAUGUUCAGAGGCAAGAUGAGCACCAAGGAGGUUGAUGAACAGAUGAUUAAUGUUCAGAACAAGAACUCCUCUUACUUUGUGGAAUGGAUUCCCCACAAUGUGAAAUCCACUGUUUGUGAUAUCCCCCCAACCGGCUUGAAGAUGGCAUCCACAUUCAUUGGAAAUUCCACCUCAAUUCAAGAAAUGUUCCGCAGGGUGAGUGAGCAGUUCACUGCUAUGUUCAGGAGAAAGGCUUUCUUGCAUUGGUACACUGGUGAAGGAAUGGAUGAGAUGGAGUUCACUGAAGCUGAAAGCAACAUGAAUGAUCUUGUGUCUGAGUAUCAGCAGUACCAAGAUGCAACUGCUGAUGAAGAUGAGUAUGAAGAGGAAGAGGGAGAGUAUGAGCAAGAAUGAUGUGAUUUUGAUGAAGAUGGAUAAUAUGCUGCAACUUCCUGUUGCCGGUUCAUACUCUUGUUCCGGCUAAGCAAUUUAGCUCUAGUUUUAUACUUCUGUUCUUGCUACCAUUCUAUAAAACUGUUUCUGGUUUCUAUUUCAGUUUCUAGUAUGACAAUAUUGCUCAAACAAUUUGUAAUAUUUUAAGUGUCAUCUUUGGUCUUAAUGUUUGCUCUAUUUCGUUGA